AUGUUGACACACGCGGCUUCGGCGCCCGUCGCGACCGCCGCCAGGGCCAUUAAUCCGAAAUCAACUGUUCGGGGCUCCGUUUCCACCGCGAGCCUGAGCACCAACGCGGCGGCUUCCCGCUCUGCGCAGUUCGUCCAGGGUGAACGCGCCGCGGCGUUUUCGCUUCGUCAGCACCGGCAAUCAUCUGCCGUCUCUAAGCGCUCGCUCGUCAAGCGCGUCGUUAGCGCGAGCGCAUCUUCCGGAGUUCCCGCGGUGCAGGCUGCUGCGGCUUCCGAAUGGAAGGGCGCGAAGCUGAAGCCUCUCGGGUACUCCGUUCUCGCGGGCCUCCUGAUCUGGCUGAUCCCGGCCCCUGCCGGUGUCUCGGCCCAGGCUUGGCACCUGCUCGCCGUCUUUGUGGGCACCAUCGUCGGCAUUAUCACCAACCCUCUUCCCCUCGGUGCUACCGCGAUGAUCGGUCUUGGUGUCUCCAUGGUGACCGGCCUGUUGCCUUUCGCCGCCGCUUUCAGUGCGUUCUCGUCUGAGAUUCCCUGGCUUAUUGCGCUCGCCUUCUUCCUGGCGCGUGGUUUCAUCAAGACAGGUCUCGGCAACCGCAUCGCCUACUACAUCGUUUCCCUGUUCGGGAAGUCCACGCUUGGCCUGACCUACUCUCUGGUCUUCUCCGAGGCCCUGCUCGCACCCGCCAUUCCCUCCCUCGCGGCACGCGCUGGUGGCAUCUUUUUGCCUCUCACGAAGGCUCUCUGCGUUGCGUGUGGCUCAGAACCCGAGAAGGGCACCGAGAAGAAGAUGGGCGCUUACGUCAUGACCACUGUCUUCCAGACCUCCACCGUCACCUCCGGCAUGUUUAUCACUGCGAUGGCUGCCAAUCCUCUGUCUGUGAACCUCGCCGCCGCUACUAUUGGCCAAACCAUCACCUGGGGCCAGUGGGCUCUCGCUGCAUCCGUGCCCGGCCUCAUCUGCCUCGUCGCCGUGCCGCUCAUCCUCUACGUGCUCUAUCCCCCUGAGGUGAAGGACUCUCCCGAGGCUCCUGUCAAGGCCAAGGAGGAGCUCGAAAAGCUCGGCCCCAUGACAUCUGACGAGAAGAUCAUGGCUGCUGCCCUCUCCGUCACCGUCGCCCUUUGGAUCUUUGGCUCUAAGUUUGGUAUCGGCGCUGUCGCUGCCGCGCUCGUUGGCCUCUCCACCCUGCUCAUUACCGGUGUCAUCACAUGGAAAGAGUGCCUCGCUGAAGGACCGGCCUGGGAUACCCUCACCUGGUUCGCAGCCCUCAUCGCCAUGGCUGCCUACCUUAACAAGUACGGUCUCAUCCCCUGGUUCUCCUCGACAGUUGUGAAGGUCGUGUCCGCUGCCGGCCUUGCGUGGCAGCCGGCUUUCCUCGUUGUCGUGCUCCUCUACUUCUACUCCCACUACAUGUUCGCCUCCGGUGCGGCGCACAUUGGUGCCAUGUACACCGCCUUCCUUUCCGUGCUUGUUGCGUGUGGCGCCCCUCCCCUUGCGUCUGCCCUCGUUCUCGGCAUCUUCUCCAACAUCAUGGGUUGCACCACUCACUACGGCAUCGGAUCUGCGCCUCCUUUCUUCGGCGCUGGCUAUGUGCCCCUUGCCACCUGGUGGAAGAUUGGCUUCGGUCUUUCCGUCUUCUACAUUGCCACUUUCCUCGGCAUUGGCUCAGUAUGGUGGAAGCUGAUUGGUAUCUAUUAAGUGCUGAGAGCCUUUUCUCAGUUGGGAUGCAUCCCAAGCGUCCGAGGAGGUUGCCGCGAAGGUUGAGGCGCCAGUGGAGGCUGCCAGGCCCACGGCGAGCCCCUCGCGCGCAACGGCGCCAAAGUUUUGUUGGACGUCGACCUCGUAGGAAAAUCGUGUUGAUACAAUAAAAUGAACAUUAUUACACUCAAAGUUGAGCU